AUGGAUACAUUAACCGUCCUAACAAUCUUAAAUAUCUAUCCUUACAAUAUAUUCUCUAGCAUUCUUGACAUUUGCUUGAUAUAAUCAGAUUUCUUUAUACCUCUCUAGGUUCACUAUUUGAAAUUUGUUAAACUGCAAAAUCUAUUUAAGAUAUAUUUUCUAACCCAACCAUUAAAUAAAAUUGAAUUUAUGAAGAUAAGAAGAAUGUUAGAUUUAUAGACUUUAUGUAAUUUGAUGUAAAACUAAAAUCUUUCAACCUAGAUAAUAAUCAUAAUAUUUAAAUCAAUAUUAUUGAUAAGGGUAACCAAAGAUUUCUCUCGAGCCAUUUAGAUUGUGACGCAUGCUAUUUAUGUAUACAUACUUUCACUAAAUGCUCUUCUUAUGAGAAUAACUUAGGGCAUGUUAUUGGAUAUUCUAGCUGCAUGUUUAGCCCAAUAAUAAUAUAUGGAGUUCAUCCUAUCAUACUUUAUAGCAGAUAAAUAAUAGCAUUGCCUAACAUGUGCUUUCUAAAUAAAUGCAAAUUUAAGCCCUGUGUCACUGAAAUCAUCUGGAUAACUGACAUUGUAAACUUAUUUGUUCACUAUCUACCUUCAUUGUAGAAUAUCUUAAAAUGAUCAGAAUCUCUUAUGA